AUGAAAAGGUUCCUGGAUAAAGCAUCUGAAGGAGUUGUAUACUUCAGCGUUGGGUCAAAAGUCCCGGACCACCUGCUUGAUGAAGAAUACUUCAACAACUUUCUUACAGCGUUUAGUCGUCUACCACAAAAAGUAUUGUGGAAAACAAAACGCAACCUUCAAAAUCUGCCAAAAAAUAUAAUGACAUCGGAGUGGGUGCCCCAACAAGAUGUUCUGGCUCAUCCUAACAUGAAAGUGUUCAUGACUCAUGGAGGGAUAUUAAGUCAACAUGAAGUGAUCAGAGCUGGAGUUCCGGUAAUCUGCACUCCUUACUUCGCCGAUCAACACAUGAAUGCCAAGUUCUACGAGGAGAAAGGAAUUGGGGUCGUUCUACCUUUCAAAUCCUUAUCAGAAGAAACAAUCUUGUCAGCACUAAAAAAAGUUCUUGAUGAUCCCAAGUACAAGGACAACAUGUUGAAGAUGUCUAUGAUCUACCAGGACCGCCCUGUCAGUCCCACAGACACAGUCCUAUACUGGGUAGACUAUGUCAUGCGCCAUGCUGGUGCUAAGCAUCUUACACCAGCUGCAGCUGCAAUGCCCUUCUAUCAAGUUUAUCUACUGGAUGUAAUUGGACUUGUUUCUAUAGUACUUGUCACAACCUUAACAUGCAUUUAUGUUAUCAUCAAACGGAUUUUAGGACUGUUUACCAAUAAUGGACAGUUAAGUAGUCAAAGCAGAUUGAAAGGUGAAAGAAGUAAGAAACUGAACUAAAAGUUAGACUUUUACAGUCCAAGUAGCGACCGUUGCUUUUUGGUCUUCAGAAGAUGAUUGUGUUGUUGUUAAACUGGAAAUGAGUUGCAUCAAAUCCAUAUCAAGCUACAUUGCAUUGCAACAUCAGUUUGUUUAAAUUCAGUUGAAUACAGCUUAGUUGAACAGUAGAUUGAUUAGUCGUAGUUGAUGUGAGCCACCGACAGAUUGUACUGAUCUAACUUACCGAUAUAAAUUUCUGUAUGAAUACAGAAUGUUAAAUGUUUUUUCCAAUUCAAACUUAAUUGAUGGAACGACUUAUUUGGAGCUAUAGCAACUGUUAUGAUCCUUAAACUAAGUCAGGGACAAAAAACAACAGUAGGUAGAUUGAUUAGUCGUAGUUGAUGUGAGACACCGACAGAUUGUACUGAUCUAACUUACCGAUAUUAAUUUCUGUAUGGAUACAGAAUGUUAAAUGUUUUUUCCAAUUCAAACUUAAUUGAUGGAACGACUUAUUUGGAGCAACUGUUAUGAUCCUUAAACUAAGUCAGGGACAAAAAACAAGGUAGGAUAUAGAAUUUUUGACACUAGCGCAUUCUCUGACUGUCUCACAUAACUAAGUUCUUUUUAGUAAAAACCUUUCGACAGCUAGUCCAUAUAGAUGGGAUGUCUAGUUCUACUUCAGAAUCCAAGUUUGGAAUAAUUCAUGCCAAAUAUCUCAACUGAAUUUUUAUUACAUUUUUGUCACAAAGAUUUGUUAAAAAUGUGUCUUUUAAAAAAGGUUAGCAACACAAUUUUACAAACAGGACUCUAUUUGCUUGCAUUUGCAGCUGCCUUCUGUUUCAUUUUAAUGCAAAUUUUCAUUUGAAGUUGUGCAUUUUUGUGGAGGCUUUUAACUUAAAAUUAGGGACCCAUGCACAAUUUAGGCUUUUUAUUAGAUGUAAAUGUUUAAUU